AUGAAAGUAAAGCAUACCGUGUCAGAACGCAACUUUCUGCUCCGAACUGAACCGAAUGAUAAAAUUGUUUUUGUGGGUGAUGUCACGGGAGAAAUACGAACGUGGAUGAAGUUGACAAACAGAAGUGAUUCUCGACAAGCAUUCAAAAUCAAAUGCACAAGAAAUGACUUAUUCCGCAUAAGGCCAGCUACUGGCCUUCUCAGCUAUGGACAAAGUAUUCGGAUUCUACUCAUUUAUAGAUGCAUCAACAAUCAAAUACCAGAAUCGGACCGGCACCACUUUGGUAUUUAUCAUAUACCAGCACCAGAAGGAGCAACUUGUGCUGGUGCCUGGGCUGAGCACUAUGGACCACCGCAAGGAGAAUUUCGAAUCAAAGUAAAUGUUAAAUUAGACCAUUAUACGAACCAAAUAUUAUUUGAUGAUCCGACCAGUUUGAAUGAUAAUUUUUGA